CCGAAGUUGGUACUCCUAUUCUCCUAUAUAACAAAGUAAAACAAACCAAAAAAGUCACAAGAUCAAAGUAUAGUACACACAUAUUACACCAUUUUUCAAAUUUCCCAUUCUUCUAGCUCUUUACUUCCUCUCCUUCACUUUGAGUACAUCAACUUGAAGUUGAAGAAAAAAAUGGAGACAUCACCCAUGCCAAGAUUAAGAAACAAAUCACUAGGACCAUCAAGUCUAAAACCAAUAGUAACAAAGGGGAAAUCUAUUGAAGAAUACGAUAUGGUUUCCGUGGAAGAAGAGCCGUUGAGUCCAACGGCUCGUCUUUUCCACGAUUCGAGGUUUGAUGUCCAUGCUGUUGCUGUUAUGGCUUGCAAAACUCGGAUUGAGCCACAACCUGUGAAGGAGAAGUUGGUGCAUACUUUGCUGAAGCAUCCUCGUUUCACUAGCUUGAUGGUUGUGGAUGAAGAGAAUUUAGCAGACAUGAAAUGGGUCCAAACAAAGGUUGAUUUGGACCAACAUAUUAUAAUCCCAGAAGUGGAUGAAUCUCAGCUUGAAUCACCAGAUAAGUUUGUAGAAGAUUAUAUUUACAACCUUAGCAAAACAAGCCUUGACAAAUCCAAGCCACUUUGGGACCUUCACAUUAUCAAUGUCAAAACUCGUGAUGCAGAGUCUAAGGUCGUGUUUAGGGUUCACCAUUCGCUUGGCGAUGGAACCUCCCUUAUUUCUCUUCUACUCGCGUGCACUCGCCAAACUGCUGAUGAGAGUAAGCUUCCUACUAUUCCAACCAAGAAAAGGAGACCUACUCCUUCAGGUUAUUCAACAAAGGAUGGGCCAUUCAAGUUCUUGGGAGCAUUUUGGCUUUUCAUCAUAAUGCUUAUCAAUACUGCUGUGGAUGUUUUCAUGUUCAUCAUCACAACCAUCUUCCUCAAGGAUACAAAAACACCGAUCAGCGCUGUGCCUGAUUCUCAAUCCAAUGGAAGACGAAUUGUUCACCGGAUAAUCAGUCUCGAUGAUUUGAAGUUUGUGAAAAAUGCUAUGGAUGUUACUAUAAAUGAUGUUGCCCUAGGAUUGACACAAGCUGGUUUAUCUAAAUAUCUCAAUAGGAGAUAUGCUGUUAUUGGUGGGAAAGACAAGGGAGCCACGGAGAGAAACAACAAUCUUCCCAUUGGCAUUCGACUUCGGUCCUGCCUUGUUAUUAACCUAAGACAAUCAGCAGGAAUUGAAGAUCUAGCCGAUAUGAUGGAGAAUGGCAUUAAAGGAAAGAGGGGUUGGGGAAAUUGGUUUGGUUAUGUGUUGUUACCAUUCAGGAUUGCAUUGUGUGAUGAUCCUUUAAAUUAUGUCAAAGAAGCAAAGGCAACUGUCGAUCGCAAGAAACGUUCCUUUGAAGCUUUGUUCACUUUAACCAUGGCUGAAUUAGUAAUCAAGUUUUUUGGCAUCAAGGUAGCUACAGCUGUGACUCUCAAAGUAUUCUCAAAUUCAACAAUAUGCUUCACCAACUUGGUUGGACCACAAGAGGAAAUUGGGUUUUGUGGUAAACCAAUAACUUAUUUUGCUCCAAGUGCUUAUGGGCAGCCAAGUGCAUGUAUGAUCAAUUUCCAAAGCUAUAUCGAUAAGAUGAUAAUCGUGGUAUCUGUUGAUGAAAUUGCUAUUCCUGAUCCACAACAACUGCUUGAUGAUUUCGAAGAUUCUCUUAAUCUCAUAAAGGAUGCUGUGGUAAAAAGAGGGCUCGGCAAGAAUCUGAAAUGAUCAAGAAAU